UUAAGGAUGAGAGGGAGAUGUAGGAGAGAGAGAGGGAAAGAGAAAGAAGCUAAAGAUCGAGAUGGAGAUAAGUGGAAAAGAAGAAAAGAAAGGUAAAUAGACAGGAAAAGAGCGAAGAUAAGUGAGUUAGUAAAAGUUUCAAAACUUGUUUCUCCUUUUCUCUCACUUAUCGACUCCUCUCCCUCUCCUUAUUCGUCUUCUGUUUCUUCUUCUGUUUCUUCUUUUUCUUCUUAUGAAUCGGAACUGAAAUGGUGAUUGAUAUCCGCAGGAUUGAAUCUUUUGGAGCGUUAAGAGCUCGACUCGGUUUUGUUGUUAGAAGUUGAUUGAAGAUUAAACAAACAGCAACACCAGCAGAUCAGCAACAUAAACAAGUCAACGACAAAUUACAACAAGAAUUUUUGUAUUCCAAAUCCAGUAAUUAUUUAUUUUUUUUCUAAUGUUACCAAUAUCGUGAUUAACUUGCAUUAUAAUUGAGUCUGAGUGAAAAAAAUAGUUACCAGAGUAAAUGGUAACACAAUGGAUUGGUUAUGUUCUUUUGUUUACAUUUGGGUUGUGGUCAUUUCUUUAGUGGACACUGGAUACAGUGAUGUACACCGAUCACUUUCUCAACAACCUCUGUCCUCCUCCUUGUCCUCGUCCCAAGGCUCUUUGAAAUCAUCUUCUUCAUCAUCUUCAGCCUCUUUGACGGCAGCUUCAUCGUCAGUGUCAGUUUCUGUGGCUGCAGCAGCAUCUGUGCCUUCAUCAUUAUCAGCAUCUUCAGUUUCUUUGCCAAAAAUUAAGUUAAAAUCAUCUAGUGAAUCAUCCUCUUUACCAUUAACAGCGUCUUCAUCCUCGUCAUCUUCAUUACCUAGGCUUACAAUCAAAUUUCCUAAACGGGCAAGGGGACGAAGACGGUUUCCUGUUCUUAAAGCGAUUGUUUCAUCUUUUGUUAAACGCAAAUCUCUUGAUAAUGAUUCCCCGUCAUCAGUAUCAUCAACCUCAUCUUCAUCUUCAUCAGCAUCUUCAUCUCACCACACUUUACUCCAUCCGUCUCAUCUCCAUCAUCCAAUUCAUCAUGGCUACCCUUCAUAUAUAACAUCAGAUGGUCUUAUUGAUAGUGAUCUCAAUGGAGGAGCUUUAGAAUCGAUUGAACUGGAAGUGAUUAAACAAGAGGAAUUACAGUCUAAAGCUAAACCUCGACCAACUCGGAGUCGUAAAAAUUUUCUUGUAGCCACUUUAACCAAAAUGUUGCGAUCAGUAAAUUUUACUCAGGUCUCGGAAGACUUAAGAAUUGGAUCAUCAUCCAAGAUUAAUUGUUUAGCUUGCAAUAGUCUUAUGUCUCUCUAUUUGUCCCCAUUGAACACAAAGGAAGUUAUGGUGGGAGCAGCUCGAGUCGUCUGUAAACAGUUUAGCCAUCUAAUGAGGACCACGGAAAGAGUCUGUUUGGGUGUAGUUGAAUCAUUUGCAGAUGAUUUAGAUUAUAUCAGACGGUCAAGUCGUUUAACACAUCGUGAAAUGUGUGGUCUCCUAUUGGGCGUUGAUUGUGUCAGAACGGUCACGGAAAAUCUCAAUUGGACCAUACCAAUACCUAAUAAACCGCAACAACAAAGUAACAUAAUCAAUAGAAGAUCAUCAAUAACAUUACAAUUGAGUGACUUACCCAAUCAGAGGAGAAGACAAUCAGGAAAUAGCAUGAGUAAAUAUACGGAAGGGCUUAUUCCAUUACAAGGAGAAGCCAUAAGUUUACCAUCGUCUGCAUCAUCAUCAGGCUCGUCUUUAUUUUCAUCACCUCACUAUCGAUAUAUCCGUGAUCCUAUCUCACUGGAAGACUCGGUUAAUCUAAAUGGACUCGGUGGAAAUAAAAAGUUGAUUGGUGUCGUUCACUUAACAGAUAUACAUAUUGAUCCAUACUAUCAAGAAGGUGCCGCCGCAGCUUGUGGAGAACCCCUUUGUUGUCGAUCAGCUGAUGGUAAAGUUGAAGCUGAUAAGAUGGCUGGUAAAUGGGGUGAUUAUCGUUCUUGUGAUACACCAAUACGUACUGUUAGACAUGCCUUGAAACAUAUCAGUGAAAAUCACCCAAAUGCCCGUUAUUGGAUGUGGACAGGAGAUAUUGCUCCUCAUGAUGUCUGGAAUAUAACCAGAAAAGAAGUUAUUAGCCAAAUUAAAUUAAUCACUAAUAUGUUUAAGAGAUUCUCACGAGUUCCAGUUUACCCAGUUAUCGGUAAUCAUGAAUCAGUUCCAGUAAACAGCUUUGCUCCACCAGAAGUGAAAGGACCAGUUUCCAUCUCUUGGUUAUACGAUGUUCUGGCUCAAGAAUGGUCAUAUUGGUUACCUGAUGAUGCAGUUAGAACCUUAAGAUAUGGUGGCUAUUAUACUGUCAAAGUCAGACCUGGUUUUAGGAUAACUAGUAUUAAUACUAAUUAUUGUACACGACUUAAUCCCUGGACGUUAUAUAAUCCAAUUGAUCCUGGAAGUCAAUUGAAAUGGUUGGUUGAUGAGCUUUAUGAUGCUGAAAAUUCUGGUGAUAAAGUGCACAUUAUUGGUCAUGUUCCUCCUGAUGAUAAAGAAUGUACACAAGCUUGGUUAUUCAAUUAUCUAAGGAUAAUUGAUCGUUUUUCAUCGAUUGUUUUAGCUCAAUAUUUUGGUCACACUCAUCAUGAUGAAUUUCGUGUUUUAUACUCACCAUACAAUUCAGAGAAACCUACUUCCAUGGCUUACAUUGGGCCAAGUAUAACACCUUACACUGAUCAUAAUCCAGCAUAUCGUGUCUACCAUACUGAUAAUGUUGGAUUUAUUAAGGACCAUGAAACAAUUUACUUUAAUUUAACGGAAGCUAAUCUGAGUCCUUUGGGCCCUCAAUGGCGUAGAGGUUAUACAGCUUUAGAUGAAUUUGAUCUUCACCAUUUAGGACCUGAAGGUUGGGAUGCUUUAAUAGAUAAAUUAGAUUUUGAUGAUAGACUUUUUCAACACUUUUACAGAUUAUCAUAUCGUUUCAAUGAAGCCAAAGACCAUUGCAAUUUAUCGUGUAAAAAGUCAAUACUUAAGGAGCUGCGAGUUACUGAUCCAUUCAAAAAGAAGCCUAAAAGUAUUUUCGCGUCUCGAAGGAAACUCUAAUAAUUUUGCCGCAUUAAAUGCGAUUCAUUCUUGUAAUCGAUCACAAGACUUUAGGACAAACGCAAUAUAAUCAACUGAAGACCAAACUAAGUCUCAUUUUGCUUUUGUACAAUCGUCGCUAAAUUUUUCGCCACACAAUUUCAAAGUCGCAAUACGCACAACUUGAAUUGUUAUUUAUUUCACUUUUUUUUCUUAACCUCACCAACUAUCACUUUUUGUGUAAACAUAUUCAACCUGAAUAUGAAACCUUUUAAAAGGACAUCUUUUUUGAUAAUUUGGUUUUUACAUUGUAACUAACUUUACCUUUUGUUUUGAUUUUUUGAUAAACGAUAAACCCUUUUCUCUGUUGAGGUUUAUCUCGUUGAAUUUUUGUAAAUAUGGAUAGAUAGAUAUUUAAUAACUAAUUGACAUAAGCAAGUAAAAUUAUUUAGUCAAAAUGAAAUGAACAAUAUUAAUGCCUCUUGCCAAACUCAAUAAAAUGGUUUAAAAUGAAUACUUGCUCUGUCUAAUUAAAGUUAAUUUUGUAAAAUCAUUCAUUAAUAUUAGUAAAUUGUAAUAGUAAAUU